AUGAAUAUCAAACUGGAAGUGUUCACAUCUACAGUAAUGCCAACUAGUUUGACAGACGGGACUACCUGUAUAGGAUGCAAUAUUUCAUAUCCAGAAGCUGGAGUUUCACUCUGUGUUUUGUGUCUCUGUACAGAUCCAGGGCGUGGGGAGGCAGAGACCAGAGAGUGCAUCUAUUACAAUGCGAACUGGGAGCAGGAGAAGACAAACCACAGUGGUGUGGAGCGCUGUGAGGGGGAAAAGGAUAAGCGGCUACACUGUUAUGCUUCCUGGCGCAAUAACUCAGGCACCAUUGAGUUGGUUAAGAAAGGGUGCUGGCUGGAUGACUUCAAUUGUUAUAACAAGCAGGAGUGUAUAGCAACUGAGGAGAAUCCACAGGUGUUUUUCUGCUGCUGUGAAGGCAACUAUUGUAAUGAGAAAUUCAUUCAUGUGCCUGAAGUUAAUGAGCCAGAUGUGAUUUAUGGGGCACCCCCACCAACAACCUCUCUGUUGAACAUCUUGGUGUACUGCCUGCUUCCUAUCGCCGGCCUUUCGAUGGCCAUCUUAUUAGCUUUCUGGAUGUAUCGCCACCGUAAGCCUCCAUAUGGACAUGUUGAUCUUCAUGAGGACCCUGGGCUACCACCACCUUCUCCUUUAGUUGGGUUAAAGCCAUUGCAGUUACUAGAAAUAAAAGCCAGGGGGCGCUUUGGUUGUGUUUGGAAGGCUCAGCUAAUGAAUGACUAUGUAGCUGUGAAGAUUUUUCCGAUCCAGAAUAAACAAUCUUGGCAAAAUGAGCGUGAGAUUUUUAACUCUCCUGGGAUGAAACAUGAGAAUCUUCUGCAUUUCAUUGCAGCAGAGAAGCGUGGAGCAAACCUUGAGUCAGAGUUGUGGCUUAUUACAGCAUUCCAUGAGAAGGGCUCUUUAACAGACUACCUAAAGGGGAACCUUGUCAGCUGGAAUGAGCUGUGCCACAUUGCAGAAACAGUUGCUCGUGGACUAGCCUACUUACACGAAGAUGUUCCACGAUGUAGGGGAGAGGGGCAUAAACCUGCCAUUGCACACAGGGACUUCAAGAGUAAAAAUGUGUUAUUGAAGAAUGACUUGACAGCUAUUUUGGCAGAUUUUGGACUAGCUGUACGGUUUGAACCUGGGAAGCCACCAGGGGAUACACAUGGGCAGGUGGGAACAAGGAGGUAUAUGGCCCCAGAAGUCCUGGAAGGAGCAAUCAACUUUCAGCGAGACUCUUUCCUUAGAAUAGACAUGUACGCAGUAGGACUGGUGCUAUGGGAGCUUGUAUCACGAUGCUCCGCAGCUGAUGGCCCUGUUGAUGAGUACAUGCUGCCGUUUGAAGAGGAAGUUGGCCAACAUCCAUCACUGGAGGAUCUACAAGAUGUAGUUGUUCAUAAGAAGCUGCGCCCAGCAUUCAAGGACCACUGGCUUAAGCAUCCUGGUAUGGCUCAGUUAUGCGAGACAGUUGAAGAGUGCUGGGACCAUGAUGCGGAAGCACGACUAUCAGCGGGCUGUGUCGAGGAGCGUAUCUCUCAAAUCCGCAGAUCUGUAAAUGGCACUACCUCGGACUGCCUGGUUUCUAUGGUGACCUCUGUCACUAAUGUGGACUUGCCACCCAAAGAGUCCAGUAUCUGAGUCCCCAGUUAACAUUUGUCUUUCCAGACUCAGUGGAUUAAAAAACAGAAACAUGAAUGCAGCUGCUAUUUUAUCCUGACUUUUUUUAUUAUUAAUAUUAUUUUUGGAUCAGAUCAAUUUUACCAGCACAUUGCUCUACUGUAUUAAAAUAAAUGGACAACUCAGCAAGCAUUCAGGUGCCGACUUAUGAAUGCAGAAAAGGUGCAGGUACCUCAGAACCUCAACAGAUUCAUUCAUUUCUUUUCAUUUCCUUACUUUCACUUGUUUUAGGUUUGUCUUCUGCACAGGAUGCCUGUCAUCAAAACAUUCUACCAUGUUUGACAAAAACAAAAUGCUGCAAACUUUGGAGGAAACUUAGACUGUUACACAAGAUAAUACCUUCCUCAAUGGAUUUUAUUUCUUUUUUUUGUUUGUUUGUUUUUGUUUUGGACAGUGUGCUUCAAAACGGUAGACGUGUCUUUUACGGAUCUAACGGGUGUCUUGUAUCAUGUACAAAAUGAGAAGAGGAUGUUGAAUCUUUUUUGGGGAGUAUUGGAGGGGAGGUUAUUAAUGGGGAGGGAGAGAGGCGUUGGACCUUGCAGCAUUUGGAUGAACAUGAUUUGAUAUGGGACUACUACUCAGGUAACCAGUUCAUGGGGAAUGGCUUUUUUUGAGGCACAGUGGUUUCAGCAACAACCAUAGGAUAAGGAGAAAGCAAGAGGAGCCUCUUGGUCAUCUAAGCUGCAUUAAACUCUGAAAACACUGACUAGAGACCACGAGUCUGGCUUAGGUGCCAAAUGAAAAAAAAAAUUCCAACAUCAAAUUUAUAAUGGCUUUAUCCAGCUAUGUAAGAGUUGUAUAUAUGUGUAACUGUAUAGAGAAGAUAUUUAAAAAGUGGUGUAAAAAUGAAAACUGAGGAAUGUAGACCAUUUAUUUUGACAACCCUUGGCAGGCCAUUUUGUGGGGUCACCAUCGCUGUCUGAUGUGGUUAUGCACUGAGCCAUGAAUAUGUGAAAAUAUAUUAUAGCCCAUGUUGUGUUUUAAGGUGGGCAGACCUUUACCAACUUUUCUCUGUAAAUUUAAGAAAACAGCAGUUAUUCCUAAUCUUUUGUUUCUUCAUGACACACAGUACAAAUAUGAUAAGAAAAAAUAUCCUUUCUUACAAAAUACAGGGCAGCAUUGACCAGCAGACUUCAGGGCUAAGGUGUUAUGUUGCUACCUCUUCUCUCCUUGCUCUAUGAGUGUUGUCUCAGAAUUUGCUGUUGUCUUAGUGCUGGAGGUUCUAGACCCCGUACUUGAGAAUGCCAUAACUCUUUAGUCACUGAGUGCUCCUUAUGCUGCUCAUUCAACUCUUAAUUUUUUUCAGAUUUUUCAAAACA